AUGGAUUUUAAUGAUUUUCGUGAAUUUGGUAAAGCAGCCGUUGAUUUUAUAGCAGAUUAUUUGCAAAAUAUUCGAGAACGAGAUGUUUUACCAUCUGUAACUCCAGGAUUUUUGCACAAUCAAUUACCAUCUGAAAUACCAAAUAAAGCUGAAAAUUGGAAUAUAAUUUUAAAUGAUUUAGAAUCAAUUAUUGUGCCAGGUUUAACACAUUGGCAAUCACCUAACUUUCAUGCAUACUAUCCUGCAGAAACUUCAUUUGGUUCAAUUGUUGGUGAAUUGUUGUCAGCUGGUCUUGGUGUUGUCGGUUUUAAUUGGAUUUGUAGUCCGGCUUGCACUGAAUUAGAAGUAAUUGUCAUGGAUUGGUUGGCAAAAUUUUUAAAUCUUCCUGAUUAUUUUCUAAAUGAAACGAAUGGACCUGGUGGUGGAAUAAUUCAAAGUACAGCAUCAGAAUCAAUAUUUGUAGCUGUUCUCGCAGCUAGAAACAAAGCAUUAAAAUUUUUAAAAUUAAAAUAUCCCAAUAUUGAUUCGAAUGCAGAAUUAUAUGGUAAAAUGAUUAUAUAUUCAAGUGAACAAAGUAAUAGUUGUAUUGAAAAAGCUGGUCUCUUAAGUGGUAUACCAGUGAAAUUAUUAAAAACCGAUGAAAUGUUAUCUUUACGUGGUGACACAUUAAAAGAACAAAUUAAUAAUGAUUUAAAAAAUGGUUUACAUCCAAUCAUAUGUAUUGCAACAAUUGGUACAACAGCAACAUGUGCACAUGAUACUUUAAUUGAAUUAGGUCCAAUAUGUGUAGAAAAUAAUAUAUGGUUUCAUAUUGAUGCUGCAUAUGCUGGAGCUGCAUUUUGUUUGCCAGAAUAUAAACACUUGUUGAGUGGGCUCGAAUAUGCUGACUCGUUAAACUUUAAUUUACAUAAAUUUAUGCGGACAAAUUUUGAUUGCUGUGCAAUGUGGUAUAAAGAUACUAAUGAUGUUAUAAAUAGUUUUAAUGUUGAUAGAAUUUACUUACGUAACAAAUAUGAAAAUCAAACAAAAUGGGCACCAGAAUAUCGAAAUUGGGAAAUUCCAUUAGGUAGACGUUUUAGAGCUUUGAAAGUUUGGAUAACAUUACGUACAUUGGGUGGUGAUGGUAUUCGUGAAUUUAUAAGAAAUCAUAUUCAUUUGGCAAAAAUAUUUGAAAAAUUUAUUGAAAAUGAUUCAAGAUUUGAAACAAUUACAAAGAGCAGUUUAGGUUUAGUCUGUUUUAAAAUAAAAGGUUCAAAUGAAUUGACAAAACGUUUACUUGAAAAUUUACAAGAACGUAAAAAAAUUUAUUUGAUUGAAGCAAAAGUUAAUGAUAAAUAUUUCUUAAGAUUUUCAAUUUGUGGCUUUGAACCAAAUGAAUCAGAUAUUGCAUAUGCUUGGGAGGAGAUUUCUGAACAAACAAGCAAAAUAUUAAAUCAUGUUGAAAAUGUUAACAAGGAUGAAGAUUUUGCAGAAAAUUUAAUAAUCGAUAAAAAAUCAGUCGCUUGGUUUUAA